AUGAUUAUUGUUAUCAGUUUAGCUUUUGUCUUAGGCCUUUGUUUAUACCUAAAAUAUUACUAUUUUGCUCUAUUUCUUGAAAACCUUCCAUGUAUGCGACAACAAUUUCUUUUUGGAAACAUUCUUCAAUUCCAAAAUGAUAGCCUUGUAACUGUGUUCGCUAAAUGUCGAAAACACUUUGGUGAAACAUUUGCUCUCUACUAUGGUCCAUCACGAUUUGUUCAUAUUAGUAAACUUGAACAUGUAGCAGAAAUUUUUUCACGAAUUAAAAUAUAUGAACGUGAUAUAAUGACUCGAAGCAACACUAAUGCCCUGCUACCUCGAUGCCUGCGUACAUUAAUCGGAACCGAAUGGCAAACACGAAAACGAAUAGUAUCAGCAAGUUUUCGUUCAUCACACAUGUUAGUCCAUGCUCCAAAUAUUGUUGCUACAGCCGACUUACUUAUCGAUAAUUUGCGCUCCGAAAACAGUACUCCAAAUGGAACUGUUCAUAUGUCAGCUGCAUUUGAUCGAAUCAUAAUUGAAGGUCUGCUACAAAUCUUUAUUGGUUAUUCGGCAAGUUAUGAAACUACAGUAAUGGAAUUUAGCAAUGCUUUUCUUCAACUUGAACAAGCAAAUUCAUGUAUGUUCAGCGCAUUUCUUCUUCCGAUUUGGUUUAAGAAAGCUUAUAUAAAGAUGAAUAAAGAAUAUUGCCGAGCUGAAGCAAUUCUUUAUACUCAUAUGGAGUGCUUUAUUGGCAACUCUAAUAGAGACGAAAAAACUCUAUUGAAUUCAUUGAUUGAAGCUCAUGAACAAAAUCUCGUAACAAAACCUGAAAUUUUUAGUGAAGUUUUCGACAUAUUAUCAACAGCAUAUUCAUUUGUGCGCUCAAAUAUUCGAUGGUUUCUCCAUUACCUUUCGGAUAAUGAACAUGUACAAACGAAAAUUAAGCAAGAACUAGCCGAUUUAUCAAUUAGCUAUCAUACGAUAUGGACUAUGAAAUUAAUCAAUAAAUUGAUUUAUACAGAAUGUGUUUGUAAAGAAAUAUUAAGACAUUCGCCAGGAAUUGCACCAUACAUUGCACGAACAGCUAUUACAGAUGGUAUAAUCGAAGAUGAGCCAAGUCAGAUACGGAUUUGCAAAGGUGAUACGAUAGUUAUUGGCGCAUACAAUAUUCAUCAUGACUCACAACAUUGGAAAUUAGACCCUUAUCGCUUUCUCCCAGAACGCUUUCUUAAUGAAGAUAGAGAUCAUGAACGAAAUGCUUUCAUUCCGUUUGGUGGUGGUGAUCGUGCUUGUAUAGCACGACAAAUCUCAAUGGUAAUACUGAAAAUUAUUUUGGUACGCUUCAUGUUAUCAAUAAGUAUACAUCGACACGAAGAUAGAGAUAGUGCCGUGAUGGCAAGCAAUCUAGCUCUUGGUCAAAAAGAAGCAGUUGAUUUGGGUGGUAUAUAUAUUAGGUAG